AUGUCAGUGGUGAUGGUAAUUGUCUCCUUCAUCAAUUUUUGCGUUGCGUGCUAUGGGGCUUCUCAAGGUUUCUCACAAGACGGUGCUGCGUCUUUCUUCUGGCUCGUGGGUCUGAUCCUCUUCUGCGUGGACUGCUACUACUGCUACCGUGCUUGGAAAGGUGGUUCUCAUGGCCCUGCUGCCACUACGACCGUCGGUCCCGCCUUUGUCUCGGAACCGGCACCUACCAACAUGUCUUCCUACCCAGGCUAUCAGCCGAAUACCACUCAGGAUGAUUUCGUAUAUGCAAAUUAG